UACUUUUCAAUUCGAGUAAAAAGUAACCAUUUUAAAAUAAAACAAGACAUUCGAGACUAUUCAAGAUGUCGCUUCUGAAACGCCGUGAGAAGCCUAUUAAAGAGUCGCGAUGGGAUCGCAUUCGCAAGCGCCACCAGCAGGUCAAUGCUUUGGGGCUUAAGACGGAUGCCGUACGUCGCCUAAUAGGAGCGGAUUACAUAGGAAGGCGGCAGGAGAAGCUCCUGAUUGAAGGAGAAGAUACUAAGCAACUGAAUCCAUCUGUUAUAAUGGACAUGCGACAUAAGAUGUUUCAAAAGAUACCACACAAACUUCCCUUGGCCACCAUAGCUCAUGACCAUAGCCAUUCUCUGGAAGCUACGAAAGCCCAUAAUCUGGAGGUGGAACAACGUUUCAUUGAUAAUCAGCUGCAGAAGUUUCGCCAGCAGUUGUCUAGGCAAUUCCAGAGGAGCAAAUACCACCGGGUGCCACCUACAAAGCCAGAUUUUAAAUUGAACAAUGCUCCUCUUGUGAAGAGCCUGGCCCAGGCAGCUCAGCACAUAGAUAACUUCUACAACACUCCUGUCCAGGCAUUGGGGCAAAUGGCCCAAAUGUGUUCAGAGACCAAGUCAGCGGCUACCAAGAGCUUGAUCCAGCAACUUAGACCGGAACCGGAUAAAGAGGCUGACAUGGACUGCGAAUGGACAGAGAAAGAAGCUCAGGUGAUGGAACUCCCAGCGUUCCUAGAAGAGCAAGUGAUAUCCUUUGAUGCCCUGGAGUAUCGCAACUUUACCAAGCAAGUCCAGGCAGAUGAGAGCAAGGCGAAGCUCUUGCGGUGCCGCACUCCUAGUCCGUUAACCUCGACAGAGGAGUUCUUUCGACCCAUGCGGGCGGCAGCCGAGCGCCAGAUGCUCCAUGUUCGGACCGUUCGCCAUGAAGAGGAGUUACAGCUUGAAAAUCAGCAUGAACAACCAGAUGGAAAUCCUUCCCCUCUAAAAAGAGAAUCCUCAACUUGCUCAAAUACUAGCGAUGGCAUAGACUCCGUAAUAUCCGAUUUAGCGGAAGAAGCACUAUAUGAACUUCAAUUGGAAGCUGCUGAGGAGCAGAACAAGGAGUUGCCUAUUCCUCCUAAGCAUGUGCAGUUUCAGUUGCCCCAAAAGAAGACUCCAACGCCGAGCACACACCCCAUUGGAGAAUCGGAAAUCGAGCCAGAGCCGGAGCCCCUACUUAUCCGGCGAAUAGAGUUGCCCAAAGUAGUUGUCAAGCCCAGGGAACCCGAGCCUCAAGAGCUGUCGAGCGACUGUGAGGAUGAGUCGGACAUUGCACAAACUCAGGAGAAGCAAAAGAUCAUCGACCAGCUGUUUCAGGCCAGGGCUAAAACUCAGAUAGUGAUAAUGCGCAAGUACUUCCUUAAGUGGAUUCACUUUACAACGAUGGAAAAGAUUGAACGUGAACAGGGUCAAAAGUGCCAGGCGCGGGAUAACCGGGUGCAGAAAAUCAAUGCUUUCUUGGAUAAGGUCCGCCAAGAGAAGAAGCGUCAGCGGAUUGAGCCUGAUACCGACACUAGUAAGAUCAACCAGAAAUCCCUGGAGCACCGCGAGGAAGCCGUAAAGAUGACAAAACAGUUUAAGAACAAGAUUAAAGUGCAACAGGACAUUAUUGACCUGCAACGAAUCAAACUGGAGCGCCAAGAGCGUCUCAUUAUGCAACUUAAGUUAACAAAACUCAGCGACGAAGCCAAAGAGGCGCGCGAAGAUCUGAAGCAGGAGUUAAAGACGGUCAUCCGCUGCGGGGAUCCCAAGGCCAAGGCCAAAGCCAAAUGCCUGCAGUUGAUCGGCAGUCUCCGCGAUGCGGAUGACGAGGAGAUGGCCCGUCUUCAGGGCAAGGCAUUGCUCCAGCCACGAUUCCUGCAGCACAUGCAAGAACGGGCAACAGAACGGAGUGUACGUCAUGAGCAAGCUCGUCAGCGUCGGGCUCAAGCUGAUGCCGAAAGGGAGGCAGCAAAAGUAGCCCUAGAGCAAGCCAAGCGUCAAGAGGAUGAAGAAGCCAAACGUCUAAGGAUAGAGGUUCUUAAGGAAAAGCGACGCCAGGAAAAAAUGGCAAAGAUCUUGAAGGAGCGUGAGCGCCAGCGCUUUAUCGAGAAUCAUCGCAAGGCUGUGGAUUUCAGUCGCAUGCUUCUACUAAGGCGUAUUGGCAUGGAGGGUUUUAAACGACUACUACACCGAAAACGCGAGAAUCUUGUUAAGAGCGAAGAAUUUCGUUGUCAGCUAUUCAAAAAGAACGCAUUUAACUCGUGGCACAGCUAUACGGCCUAUAGGCAGCGCGAAAAGAUGAUCCGAGCUGAAAGGUGUUGGCAUGCCAUCCUCAAGCGCCGCGCUCUUUUCACCUGGAUAGUGUAUGUGCAGAAUGAAAAGAGCAAGAUGCUGGUCGCGAUUGAUUGGCAUGCUCUCCAUGCCAUGGAGUACUGGUUUCGGCGGUGGCAUAAAUAUUCCACAUGUUGCCGUAUGAUCGAAGACACCAAGACUCGACAGGCCAUUUCGCAUCAUGAGUGGCACCUGAAGUGGAAAGUAUUGGAUUGUUGGCGACGUCUGCCACAAAUCCUUAAGAUCGAGAAGGAGACGGAGGAGCGACGCCAGAGAUGGCGCAUGAAGAUUUGGGAGUUGCUGCCUGAUUAUAAGCCGAGAGAGGAUAGCUUAUGGUAGCUUUCUUUUUUU